GUGUUUGAUCAUAAACCACUUAAACUCCAGGCUCACUGGCAGGGGAAACUUUAGCGUGAAGUGCAGCAUUGGUUUCUCUCGGGGAGGGGAGCUUUCUUCUCUUUUACUUUCUCCCUCCGUGAACACUGAAGACUGUAGCAGCGCUCCUUUUUUUUUUAAUUUCUCUGUGGACUUGUGAGAAGCUCAUCACAUUUUUUCUGAGUAUGUUUAACGGCAUUGGGAGAUACCCUUCAACAGAGUUGUGGAAAAGAGCAGAAUAAAACAGACAGCAGAGAUGAAGCACGCCUUGCAGAUGGACUAAGACAGCAGUUUCUUCCCUGCAUUCUCUGAGUACUUCACAGUAUUAACAAGUCUCUCACAGCAAUGGAUUGUCUGUGAAGUCAAAGCCAGUUUGGGUUUUUUAGAAGAUCUUGCUUCAUUAACUUAAACUCUCAAUGUGGAGUAAAAAUGGCUGUCUAGAGCAAAAUGUGUCAGACAGAAAAAUUUUGGAGGAGAAAGUGUUGAACCAGUUGAACAAAGCUUUGAAGCAUUGAAAUCUGCAAAAAUCGUCAAGCCUUAAGAAGUCUAAUCAUGAAUUCUGGAGUUGCUAUGAAAUAUGGAAAUGACUCCCCUGCAGAGCUGAGUGAGCUUCAUUUAGCAGCCCUGGCUUCAUUAAAGGGAGACAUAGUGGAGCUUAAUAAACGUCUACAACAAACAGAAAAGGAACGUGAUCUGUUGGAAAAGAAACUGGCAAAAGCACAGUGUGAGCAAUCCCACCUGAUGAGAGAGCACGAAGAUGUGCAGGAGCGAACAACGCUGCGCUACGAGGAACGAAUCACUGAGCUGCACAGUAUCAUUGCUGAACUGAACAAGAAAAUUGAUCGACUACAGGGAACAACAAUAAGGGAGGAGGAUGAGUACUCAGAGCUGCGGUCGGAGCUCAGCCAGAGCCAGCAGGAGGUUAAUGAGGACUCACGCAGCGUGGACCAGAAUUCUGUUUCGGUACCAGAGAAUCAGUCCACCAUGGUCACUGCAGAUAUGGAUAACUGUAGUGACUUGAAUUCAGAACUGCAAAGAGUGCUGACAGGUCUGGAAAAUGUUGUCUGUGGGCGGAAGAAAAGCAGCUGCAGUUUAUCGGUAGCAGAAGUGGACAGACACAUUGAACAGCUCACUACUGCCAGUGAACAUUGUGAUUUAGCCAUUAAGACUGUAGAAGAGAUUGAGGGUGUACUGGGACGUGACCUUUAUCCAAAUCUGUCAGAGGAGAGGUCUCGAUGGGAGAAGGAGCUCGCUGGUCUUCGAGAAGAGAAUGAAAGCCUCACAGCCAUGCUGUGCAGCAAAGAGGAGGAGCUCAACAGGACCAAGGCCACCAUGAAUGCUGUCCGUGAGGAGAGGGACAGGCUGCGCAGAAGGGUUCGGGAGCUGCAGACACGUUUGCAGAGUGUGCAGGCAACGGGCCCGUCCAGCCCCAGCCGUCUCACUUCUGCCAAUCGACCCAUCAACCCCAGCACGGGAGAGCUGAGCACCAGCAGCAGCAGCAACGACAUUCCCAUUGCCAAGAUUGCUGAAAGAGUGAAGCUGUCAAAGACAAGAUCAGAGUCUUCAUCAUCUGAUAGACCUGUCUUAGGAUCAGAAAUCAGCAGCAUAGGGGUGUCUAGUACUGUGGCUGAACAUUUGGCACAUUCCCUGCAAGACUGCUCCAACAUCCAGGAAAUCUUCCAAACUCUCUAUUCGCAUGGAUCUGCUAUCUCUGAAAGUAAAAUUCGAGAGUUUGAAGUGGAGACAGAGAGAUUAAAUAGCCGUAUUGAACACUUGAAAUCCCAGAAUGACUUACUGACAAUAACACUGGAAGAGUGCAAGAGCAAUGCUGAGAGGAUGAGCAUGCUUGUUGGGAAGUACGAGUCCAACGCCACGGCCCUCAGGCUGGCGUUGCAGUACAGUGAACAGUGCAUAGAAGCAUAUGAACUGCUGUUGGCAUUGGCAGAAAGUGAGCAGAGUCUCAUUCUUGGGCAGUUCAGAGCUGCGGGUGUUGGUUCUGUUGGGGACCAGACAGGUGAUGAAAACAUCACACAGAUGCUUAAGAGAGCUCAUGACUGCAGGAAGACAGCUGAGAACGCAGCAAAAGCCUUGCUGAUGAAACUAGAUGGGAGCUGCGGGGGAGCCUAUGCAGUCACUGGCUGCAGCGUGCAGCCCUGGGAGAGCCUCUCAUCCAACAGCCACACAAGUACUACCAGCUCAACUGCAAGCAGCUGUGAUACGGAAUUUACAAAGGAGGAUGAGCAGCGGCUGAAGGAUUACAUCCAGCAGUUGAAAAAUGACAGGGCAGCAGUGAAACUGACAAUGCUGGAGCUGGAAAGCAUCCACAUUGAUCCCCUUAGUUAUGACGUUAAGCCGCGUGGAGACAGCCAGAGGCUAGACCUGGAAAAUGCAGUCCUGAUGCAGGAACUUAUGGCAAUGAAGGAGGAGAUGGCAGAGCUCAAGGCACGGCUUUACCUGUUAGAGAAGGAAAAGAAGGCAUUGGAAUUGAAACUGAGCACUCGAGAGGCCCAGGAGCAGGCCUACCUCGUCCACAUUGAGCACUUGAAGUCUGAAGUGGAAGAACAAAAGGAGCAGAGGAUGAGGUCUCUUAGCUCAACCAGCAGUGGAAGCAAAGACAAGCUGGGCAAGGAAUGCAGUGAUGGCACUGCAGCACCGUUAACUCUUGCUGAGCUGAGACCAUACACCGAGAGUGAACUGACUGCUGAGCUGACAAACGCACUCAGAAGGGAGAAGAAAUUGAAGGCUAGAGUGCAGGAGUUAGUGAGUGCUUUGGAGAGGCUCACAAAGAGCAGUGAGAUCAGACAUCAGCAGUCUGCAGAAUUUGUUAAUGACCUUAAAAGGGCAAACAGCAACUUGGUAGCAGCUUAUGAAAAAGCAAAGAAAAAGCAUCAAAAUAAGCUGAAGAAACUGGAAUCGCAAAUGAUGGCCAUGGUGGAGAGACAUGAAACACAAGUGAGGAUGCUCAAACAAAGAAUAGCUUUACUGGAAGAAGAGAACUCCAGACCACACACCAAUGAAACUUCACUUUAAAUGCAUCUCUUUAAAGGAUGCUUAGUGCCAUUACAACUUUCUUUGUUUUGGAGGCUGACUUCUAGGGAGCUUCAAACGCUAAAAGCUCUGACUGUCAAUGCUGACACACUUAAAGCACCUUCUCUGGGAUCCCAGAGAGGUGUCAUGGGGAUAAUAAAAAUGUUAACCUUAAGAACUGUUUCAUAAUGUAAAAUGGCAGUGCCUGAAUUAUCAUGCUAUAAUUAUGUACAUUGUCUGUGUCAUUAUGUCUAUAUUCAUACAGCUUCUCUUCCAUUUUAUAUACGUCCCAUGGGUGACAGUCUCACAUAGCAAAAUAAUUAAUUUUGAGAGGUUUUCAUUUUGGUUGUUUGGAGAUCAUUUGAGAGUUUUCCCAGUCCCUGAACUCCCUCUGCACACACGUCCAUAUUGUACCCUCAAGAAAGACUUGCUGUUGCGGUUAAAUCAACCAAAUGGGCAGCUACAGAAAGGGGAGAUGACAGGCUGCCUUGCUUUUUUGCACCCUAUUUGCAAUACUACUGCUCACAGUGCAGAUCAGGUAGGAAAAUUCCUGUUGAUUUGGAAAAAUACCAAGAAACCGUAGUUGCAUCUCUGAGAACCAUGAUGAUGGUCUAUUUGUUACAGUUUGUAAGAGGGCUAAAGGCUGUGAGUUUCACCACUCGACGUAGAUGGUCUGAGCCAAGGGUGGGUAAGAAAUUAUAGGAGACCUCCUGGUAUUUAUAUUGCAUGGUGUUCACAACUACUUUGUGGAAGAGUUGGUUUUUCUUGCUAAUACAUUAUAACCAAGGUUUUCUCUAAGAAGCUGGGCCAUUUUUGUCACAUGUAUAGUGCUUAUUACAGCUUACUGUGAUCAAGAGGUAGAAUGUCUUUUUUUAAUACUUUUUUUGACCAAAAAAAGGUACUUAUUAGGAAUGUACCUGUUUAAUAUUGAAUACAUAGCCACAAAACUAUAAAUGUGUAGAUGUAUGGAUAUCCUGUCACAAACAGAAUGUGAAUGGUGAAGUCUUCUUACAGCUUCUUAGGUUUUUGUUACUGCUAACAUGUUCUUCUUUCAUUUAAGUCACAUCAUAUUACUGUAUUGUCAAAGUGUCUGAAUUGCAAAUGUUGCCCUAUUAUGUUAAUGAACAUUAGGCAAAUCAUGGGGAUAAGGUUGAUUUCUGUUGGGGUCAAAAUACAGGAGUCUACCAUAGGACCUGUUAUGUUCAGAAUCUUCUAAUUUUUGACAGAGUACAUAAAAGAGCUUCCAUAUGUGUUUUAACAUGCCAAACUGGAGUCCAUUCACUGUACUAGCCUGCUACUAUGUUACAGCUCUGCUUUGCUUUUUUUCAGGCUUAUUUCCUAGGGAAUCUGAUUUCAGGAGUCAUUCAUCGUUUUUGCUUUACAUGUUGAGUUGCACCUCCAGCUUUACAAGUGUAUUUAGAAUGAUGAUAACUUCUCUCACUUAUUCCUCCCAUUUCUAGUACUAAGGAAAUAGUUUUAGAUGACUUGAACUGUUUUUGUCUAUUGUUGGGUUAGGCCAGGCAGACAAAAUAUGGGAAUUUGUAUUCAUAGUAUGGCAUCCUGGUUGCAUCUGAAACUGUAGCAGUUGGUGUUCAUCUCUUUCUACUGUAGCUGCUGUUGUCUUCAUUCCUUAAAAUAGUCAUUCCUACUUCUCCAGAGCCUGAUAUUUCAUCUACAAAGCCAGCAUGAUUGAUUGCAACAGCAAGUUAA